GCGCCCGACCCUGCGAAAGCAGGAAUCUAGUUGCAGAAGCCGAGGGAGAGCCAGGCCGGGCGCACUGCUAAUUUCCGUUUGUCCUCACGUUGGACCCUGACUGCAGCGGGGUCGUGAACACUGGGACAGCGGAGGAACACAGCUCCUCUGGCGACCCAUGAGAACCUUGCCCGCGGUGCCCGUGUGCCCAGCGCGCCCACUGCCGCUUCUCAGCCCGCCCCGCCCCAGUCCCUGCGCCUUGUUCCGCCUGCGCUGAGCGGAAGGCCGAGUCCUUGCAGAAGCUUACAGUCCGGCAGAACCACUGGGAUGCAGUUACGAGCUGGCGGCUACGAUUGAUGCAAAGAGAAAUGCAGAGAAGGGAUGGGGAGGGUGAGGGCGACUCAUAGCCUCUUGGGAGCCUUUCGGCAGAACGUGAGCCUCUGGGGACGACCGUCUGAAAGGCCCGGGCCAGGGGACUGCGGGGAUCGGGAAGAACGAGUGAAAGGAGGCCGGGAACGUGUCUGGGAUGGGGUGUCAGCGCCCGGCCAGCCUGUGGAGCCCGGAGUGCUGUGAGCUGAGCAGAGACGCGACCCUCUGUGCUCAGCAGCCCGCGGAGAGCGGGACUGAAGCGGCGACAGCAGCUGAAAGGCUGCCGCAGGCCCCUGGCUGGGCUCGUGGCCCCGGACUAGGAGGUAACCUACAGUUUAGUCCUGGGUGGAUCGCGAAAGUAGAACCAACGGGAUUGUUGAUGUGCAAGAAGCGCAGGGACAGCACGAACUCGAGUUUUGGGCCUGAGCUGCAGCAGAGGGCAAUCUCCAUUCCGGGGUCAGCGCAGUCUGCGAAGAGGUCGUUUUGUUGUGACCGCCAGCCCGGAAAGACACACGACCACCAGAAAUCAAGCAUGUAUUCUGGAAAGGCCUUCACUUCUGCUACACAUCCAGGGCCCUGGCGCGCAGAUCUCCACUGUGGCCUGCGUGAGAUCCGAGGUACCUCCGGAAGUCCGCGACCUUCGCAGUCCACCGCGCGGCGGGUAGAGCGGUCGCAGAGGGCCCUGGGCGCUAGGCUCCCGACAAUGCUGAUUGGCUGGAGGAAACAGACGCCGGACACUAAUUCGAGAAGGGCGGAAACAAAGGAGAGAAAGAUAAGCGCAGGACAGAGGGCUAGGAUUUUGCUGAUGUCUAUUAAGAGACCAUGAGGGUUGCACCUUCAUUAAUGAGUAGCGUAUCUGGAACUAGGUGAGUGACCUUUCUUACUACCUUAUAUUAGGCAAUGUUGAGUCAUCAGUAAAUGGCGGCACGAGCAGGGCCUAUUAGGCUUAGCCUAUAGGGGCUCCUGAUUGGACGCCAUGGCAUUUGGGCUGUUUAGGCCACCAGAAGAAGCCUGGGAUAGCCAGCAAUCAUAGACCAAAGACAAACAUACGAGCAAGUCCCUAAAAUUAUUUCAGAGAAUGAUGAGUACUAUGAGGAGAUGGAACAGUGCCCAUUGGGGUGGAGCAUGACAAAAAAAAAGAUCUUUCUCCCUGUGUGAUCUUGGAGCUGAGAUUUACAUAAGGGAGAAACAGCCACAAGAAGAGCUGGGGUGUGAGCACUCCUGUUGGAUGAGGGAACUGAUAAACAAAAUGGAUGCAGUCAGGCUCCCUUCCAGCAAGCCGUGUGGUUUCCAGAUAGCUUUAGCUACAGCGUCCCAGGUGACCUUAGAUACAGCCUCCUAUACAACCUGUAGAUUGUGAUUGAUUAUAGUACCUGGCCUUAAGCCACUAUUAUGCACCUUGUUAUAAGAACAGCCCCACUUGUGCAGGCAGGGGGUGGGGGAGGGGAGGAAGAGGGAGAGCUGUAGCUGUGCCUGUGUCUUGCUGUGUCCUGCUAUGCCUGAAUAAAGCUAUGUCGCUUCUACUCAUGACUCCUCGCAUAUUCUUUCACCUGCCAGAACCACGCACCCUAAGCUUCAGUAGCAGAACAACUCCACAGAGAAGGAAUUCCCUCCAGCAUACCUAGCAUACUUGAAAAAUAACAAGAAGGUGGGAGUAGCUAGGACAGAGUGGACAGAGUGAGGAAAGGCAGGGGAGGAGGCCAGAGAAGCAGCCAAGGGCCAGAUCACACAGGGCCUCAAGGCUGUGGUAAGGGCUUUGGAUUACAAAAGAAAUCAUUAAAAGGUUUAAGCAGAAAGCUUGCUCUUUAAGGUCACUCUCCCUGUUUUGUUAGGGUAAGAGUGGAAGUAGUUGGCAGAUCAAGUAGGAGGAGCUGGGAUUAGACUAGAAGAAAGAUGAUAGUGCUGGUAGGCUAAAAAGUGGUACCCAAAAAGAUAACCAUGUCAUUAUCCAUGGAGCCUGUGAAUAUGACUUUAUCUGGAAAAUACUUUGCUGAUGUAACAGUUUUCAUAUAUCGAGAUGGGAGAUUACUCAGGUGGGCCCUGGAUGCCAUUGCAAGUGUCCUCGUAAGAGAGAAGAGGAGGGAGAUGUGACACAGAAAGAAGGAAUAUGCAAUGUGACCAGGAGGACAAUGUUACUGGGGGAUGGGGGUGAUGUCAUGCAGAUAAGAGGAGGCAGUGUGACCAGGAGGACAAUGAUGAGUGAUGUGAUGCAGACAAGAGAGGAGAAGGCCAUGUGACCAGGGGGACAAUGAUGAGGGUAAGGUGGCUAUAAGUCCUGAAGUGCCAGCCACUACCGGAAGGUACAAAAAUGGGAGGGUUC